AAGGGCGGGGCUUGGCUCCGGAAGUGCGAGCGAGCAGACUGACGCAGCUGCGAGCCAGUGCGGCGGUUGCGCGCAGCCCAGGCCGCUGCGGAUUGGGUGGGGAGGCAGUGCCAGGGUUCGAAGCGGUGGCGGGAAGGCAGGCGCGCGGGGCCAUGGAGGUGCUGCUGGGCCAGGCGGAGCAGCUGCCCUCGCUCCUGGGCGCGGCGCGCUCGGCGCUGGCGGCGCGCUGGGACGCGGCGGCGCUGCAGCGCGCGCUGCGCUGGGCCCGCUACUUCCAGCAGCUGCACGACCGCUUCCGCGCGCGGCCCCGGGUCCGCGCCGCGUUGGCGCAGCGCCUGGCCCGCGCCCGCCCGCCGCUCGCCUUCGCGCACCUGGGCCGCUGCCCGCGCCUGCUGGCGUUGGCGCUGCUGGAGAACCGCGCCGCGCCGCCCUCUGCCGCCCCGGCCCUGCUGGCCGCACUGCUGCCCGCCCCGGCGCUGCUGGCCCGCCGCAAGGCCGCGGCGCGCGCCGCCGGGCCCGACCUGCGGGCGCGCACCGAGGCACAGCUGCUGCUGGCGCGGCUGCGGGAGGACGCGGGGCGGCCGCGCCGGGCGGCGGCGCUGCUGGAGAUGCUGCCUGCGGCGCGGGUGGCGGCGGCGGCGCUGCUGCUGCCGCCAGACGCACCCGGCGACGCGCUGCUGGCCUGGCUGCCGGGCCGCCUGGCCGCGCUGCCGGCGCCGCUCGCGGCCCAGGUCGCCGCCCGGCACCCGGCGCUGGGCCGGCGCUACGUGGCGCUGCUGGAGGGCCGCGCCGGCCGCCUGCGCUACGACCCGCUGCGCGGCUGCUGGGACGGACCCUGGGAGGAGCUGCGCGGGCGCUGGCGCGGCCUGUGGCGGGCGGGGGAGCCGCUGCGGGCCGCCGCCCGCGCCUGCCUGCUCCGCCGGAGGGCUGAGGACGGCGGCUUCCGCGUGUGCGGCCUCAGCGUCUGGACCGACCUGCUGCUCGACUUGGAGGCGGACGAGGACCAGGAGCAGGGAACCGUCUCGAGCCCCUCGACCGGGUUGAGCUUCCUUCAUGCCUAAGCUGUGCCUGUGCUGUGCCCCCAGGACACUGCCCUACACCUGGACGGGACCUCCCGCCGGCCAAAGCUAUGGACAGCCCACUUGCUGAGGCCGUGGACUGAGGUGGGCCUGGCUGCCCUUUGGCAAGUCACUGUUGCGCCCACCCCUUGUCAGGUCACCUCUGUCACUGUCCCCAGCAGCUCCCUGCCCCUUUUCAAAUCAUCUCUGUGCUCGCCUGUUGUCAAGCCACUUCUGCCACUGUCCCGGGCAGCUCCUCACCCCUGUAAAGCCAUCUGCUGCUGCCCCCAGCAGCUCCCCCUCUCCCCAGCUCUGCCGUUGGGCUCUUCUCAUCCUGCUUCUCACCAAAAAGAAGCAGGUCCCUCUGUUUUGGGCCUACCUGGUGGAAAGUGCUCCUCAGCAACACAGAAACUGACUUACCUGUGGCAGGGGGUUGAGCUACAUGAUGCCAUGGAUACAGGGGUUUUGGGGGGAGGUCUGUCUUUAUCCAACUGUUACCAGAGUAUCCAGAAGUCAAGCAAGAAUUUUUAGGCCUGCCUUUGUUCCCCUGUUAGGGCAGCCUUCUGUUGUCCAGUGAUUGCUAAUUUUUCAGAACCGCAGCAUGCUCCUCAAGAGCCUCCACAUCUGCCUAUGUGCAAGUCGGAAGAGGAAGUGGCUGUGUGCCAAAUAGGAUAAAAGCCAAAGACGUAUUAACAAAAAAAAAGUUGGGGGGAGGAUAUGUUUCCUUUUAUUUAUUUUUUUUAUGAUUAUUAUUUUCCUAUGAUGUGGAACAUUUCUUUUUCUAAUCUGUAUGGGAGUGUAUGGGACACUCAAUAUCAUUGUUAGUUUAAAACAUCUAGACUAGAUGAUUAGUCCUCACUUUCCUUUUCAUUAAUAGCAAGAACCGGACUGUUAGAGAUAAAAAACAUAGAACUUCAUUAAACCUUUUGAGUUCUUCAA